GAAAUGGCAGCAGAUGGGAAUUUCCAGACGGGCAUUUCAGCAUUAGUUCGUAGUCCUGCCGCUGGCACACGGUCCGGGAGCAGAGGCUGCUGGAACUGGGCGAUGCUGAGUGGCUCCCAGCUCCCAGCAGCCUCGUCGGCAGCGGCGCCUGAGGCCCUGCCGAUGCGGUCAGGGCUGCGGCUCCCCGGGCUGAGGCCCAUUUGCCCGGCAGGCUGAAUGCCCCGUUGUGUGUGUGGCGUGGACCUGUGUGGCGCCAUUCAUCCCUUCCAGACGGGCCCUCGGGACCCGUGGCAGCUGAGGGAGAGUUGCUGCUCAGGCGUGUAGGUUACUGGGAACUGGUCCUUUUCCCGAGUUAGUGUGGGCUCUUGAGGAAGCUGGAGAGAAGCUAAUCGGUUUUCCUUUCUUUUUAAACAGCAUCCAGCAUGUGUACGGCGCCCAGCACCCCCCCUUCGACCCACUGUUACACGGCACCUUGCUCAAGGGCGCGCCGAAGGUGCCCGCCACACCUGUGAAGGCCAAGAGCAUCAGCACCUUCCCGGAGUUUGGGAGCAACACCAGCGACGCCUGGGAUGCCGGCGAGGACGAUGACGGGCUCCUGGCCGUGGCAGGCGAGAGCCUGAACACCGAUGUGGUCAUGGAGACGGCCCACCGCGUCCUGCGCAACCACAGCCAGCGGCAGGAGCGCCGCAAGCCGCAGGAGGCGCCGGGCCCCGAGCAGGAGCCACAGCCUUCGGCAGAGCCUCCUUCGGUCCCGAGCGGUGACCUCCGGCUGGUGAAGUCCGUCAGCGAGAGCCACACAUCCUGUCCUGCAGACAGCGCCGGCGACACUGCUCCUCUGCAGUGGUCCCAGUCUCUCCCGCACUCGGUGGCGGCCGCCGUGGGUGGCACGUCUGACCCCAGCGCCCUCAGCAGCUCAGCGUUAAGUGAACGAGAGGCCUCCCGGCUCGACAAGUUCAAGCAGCUCCUUGCCGGCCUGAACACAGACCUCGGGUGGCAGGACGGAGUCUCAGGAGGGGCUUCCCGGAUCCUGUGCCCCGAAGGACAAUGUGACAGUGGCUACAGGACAUUCUAUCAUGAGGACUGGGACCAUGGAUCCCAUCCAUCUCCUUGGUCAUUAGCGUUGUUCCAUUCCCUGCUCUCUCCACCACCGCUGUGAUGAACACUCCUGAAAGCAGAUCUGUGAAAA